AUGGCAUCAACACCACCACAACAACCUCAACCACAAGAACAGCCAUCAAAACCCAUCCUCCCGCUCCCAGAGCCAGAAACUUUCACCCCCUCGUCCACCCCCACAUCAACAUCCACAUCCACAUCCACAACAACAAACCUAUCCCUCAACGGCGACGGCGUCAAGCUCGACCACAUGGGCCCCAUGGUCGUCAACGCGGACGGCACCCUGAGCCGCAUCGCCAACUGGGGCGAGAUGGCCGCCGUCGAGCGGGAGAACACGCUGCGGAUCCUGGGGCGGCGGAACAAGACGCGGUUGGAGGCGUUGCGGAAGGCGUCGGCGACGGAUGAUCAGGGGAAGGCGGAAUAG